AUUUAAUAGUAAUUGAGAAUCUAUUAUGAAUAAUUUAUUGGAUAUUUCCCGGAUUCCUAUCUAUCGUAAUAAUACCAAGAAUCACAAUCGAAUGAUAAAUACACACAUAUUUUUGUUCCUUAUUUUUAAAUUAGGCUAAUACUUAUAGUAUUAAUUGGUUAAUCUUGUUCAGUAGUAUUUUAGUGUUCACUUAGUCCCAUAUAACCUUGUUAUAUACCUGCAGUACAAUGGAAGUACAGUAAAUGUGUAUAUUUCUAUCGCAUUCCUACUCAUAUUUAUCUAAUUUCAAGCAUAGAAAUUUGUGUAUUUAUAGCAUAAAAUUAAGAAAAUUAAAUUCUAACUUAAUUUAUUUAAAAAUUUCCCAAUCUUGCUCAAAUUUCCUCUCAAUCAGUUUUAUAUCACACAAACUUAAUGUAAUAAUUUUAUCACAUUGUUUUAUAAUAGAUCAACGUCAAAGAAUAGUUUUAAUUAUAAAUAAAAAGCGCAAAGUCGAAAUAGUUGUAUAUUAACGCAGUAAAGGGGGAAUAGGAGGAAAUGAUAAAAGGGCGUGUAAAUUAUGAGAAGAAUUAUUGUUAAAAAUGACAAAUCGAAAUGUUCAAGGUUUUGUAACGCAGUUCUCGAUAAAGUAAAAUCGUUGUUUAGCAACGGAGAUUUAACUACUAAUAAAUGUUUUGUUCGAACAGCCACCUUCACAUUAUUGUGUAUACCUUAUGGUUUAUUUUGGCUGACUAGUAUUACUUGGUUUUUGAGUCUUAAACCCUACGGAUAUCUCGUGCCGACCUUUAUAACCAUUCUGUUCGUUGUUUCUAUCCUACUCUUCUUCUUUUGUAGUUUCAGUAAUCCUGGAAUUAUUCCGAAACAAAAUCCAACUUAUGACUCUUAUGAUCUUUUUACGGGAUUCAACAGAGCAUGUUAUAGGAACAAGCAUUCCAUUCGGGCCGACAAGCCCCAAUUUUUAAUGAUUAAUGGUAGGUACUUGAGGAUUAAAUAUUGUGAAACGUGUAACAUAUAUCGACCACCAAGGAGUGUUCAUUGUAGACUAUGUGACUUUUGUGUUAACAGGUUUGAUCACCACUGCAAGUGGAUAGGCAACUGUAUUGGGUACAACAACUACAGGCAAUUUAUCGCAUUUGUUUUCACCACAUUUGUUCUUAUCAUAGCUAUGAUUUGCUUAUCUAUUGCCAGGGCUGUUUAUAUCACCAGAGACGAAAAGAUGCUAAGGCUCAUAAUAGAAACUACCACGAUUCUUGUUUAUACAGUCUUGUUCUGUUGGUUCAUAGCCGGCCUGACUGCUUACCACUCCUUCUUGGCUUGUACGAACCAGACCACAAACGAGCAGUUGAAGGGCGUUUAUAAAAUCUUCAACCCUUGGAAUCGCGGGAUUUUCCGAAACAUCAGGGAGGUUUGGUUUGUAAAACGUAAGAAAUUGACCUAUGAAACCAUCAACACUUUCAACAAGUUCAUGUAUAAAAGCACCAAUGGUGACUGCGAGAAUAAAAAUAGUGUAAAAAUGAGCAAAAUAUACAAUCCUGUGAGUAUAUUUGAUAAUAUCGGAAAUUUGAACUUAAUUAAGGACUAUUUAGCCGGCAAAAGACUAACUCUUAAUUCAAUCGAAUCCAUCAAUUCCAGCAGUCUCGAAAGUUCAUCUUCUUGUGAGCAGAAUUACUCCUUCAAGGAAUUAACUUCUAAUGAGUAUAGACUUAACAGGACCAAUGAUUUGUUGUAUGAUUGCUCUGACGAAGAGCAUAUUUCCAGGUCCGAUAGUCUCAAGAGAGUUGCCUUCAGCGAAAACGUCCAGAGGUUCAAUUCUCUAAACUCUUCGAUUAAAACUCUCAAAGAAACUUACCAUUUCCUCAAAAACGAUCUCAUCAAUAACAAAAUCGGCCGCGUUUCCGACGACAGUCAACUUGAUAGAAAAAACUUAACACGAAAGAAUGGGAUGGACUUCGGAUGAAAAGUCACCAUUAACAUGUAAUAUAAUUCUCUAUAUAA